AUGGUGGACUACUACGCUGCUCAACCGGCGUUCCACCAACAUCAGACGUCCGGAUACGAUUACACGCAGCAAGAGGAAGAAUGGGAUCGUGAAGGCCUGCUUGAUCCGGCUUGGGAAAAACAGCAGAAAAAGACAUUCACUGCUUGGUGUAAUUCGCAUCUAAGAAAAGCCGGCACAAGUAUCGAACUCAUCGAGGAGGAUUUUAGAAAUGGUCUGAAACUUAUGCUCUUGCUGGAAGUGAUCUCUGGUGAACCGCUUCCUCGCCCUGAUCGCGGAAAGAUGCGCUUUCACAAGAUUGCAAAUGUGAAUAAGGCAUUGGAGUACAUCGAAAGCAAGGGUGUCAAGCUGGUGUCUAUUGGAGCUGAAGAAAUCGUUGACGGCAACGUGAAGAUGACGUUGGGUCUGAUUUGGACGAUCAUUCUUCGCUUCGCCAUUCAGGACAUUAACGUAGAAGAACUCUCUGCUCGUGACGGUCUGCUUCUGUGGUGUCAACGUAAGACAGCACCGUAUAACAAUGUGAAUGUUCAAAAUUUCCAUACUUCUUGGAAAGAUGGCCUUGCUUUCUGUGCUCUUAUCCACAGGCACAGACCGGAACUGAUUGAUUACUACCAACUUCACAAGGGCGACCCAAUUUACAAUCUCAAUCUGGCCUUUGAUGUAGCUGAGAAACAUCUUGACAUUCCACGAAUGUUGGAUGCAGAAGACGUCGCCCACCAUCCGGAAGAGAAGUCGAUCAUGACCUACGUGUCAUGCUUUUACCAUGCAUUCCGUAAUGCACCGGAAGUUCGUUCACUACCGCCACCAAUACGAGCGCAACCAGUGCCGGAGCGCGAUUGGCGUAAAGAAGCGGAAACAGCAGCGAAUAGGAUCUGUCGAGUGUUGAAAGUCAACCAAGAGAAUGAGAAAAUGAUGCAGGAGUACGAACACCUCGCCAGCGAUUUACUAGCUUGGAUUAACCACUGGAUGCCAUGGUUGGCAAAUCGAACUACUGACGAUAAUUUGUCGAAAGCACAAAAGAAGCUUGACGAUUUUCGUAACUAUAGAAGACAUGAGAAGCCUCCUCGAAUCGAAGACAAGGGACGUCUAGAAACCUUGUUCAAUACACUUCAAACUCGUCUACGGCUGUCAAAUCGACCAGCAUUCCUUCCGAGAGAUGGACAUCUCGUCAAGGACAUUAACAAUGCAUGGAAAAAUCUCGAAGAUUCGGAGAAAGGCUUCGAAGAGUGGCUUCUGAGCGAGAUCAUGCGGUACAACAUUUGCUCGCAAUGGGACCGUCUGGGUAUGUUGGCAUCUCAAAGAAGAACGGCCCUGGAAGAAGCCGAACGAGUGGCUGAACGUCUUGAUACGCUCUAUCUUGACUUCGCUAAAAGAGCCGCUCCUUUCAACAACUGGCUGGAUGGUGCUCGUGAAGAUUUAGCUGAUCUAGUGAUUGUUCAUGAAAUGAGAGAGAUCCAAGAACUCUGCUCGGCCCACGAUCAAUUCAAGUCGACCCUAGGAGACGCUGAUAAAGAGUUCGCCAGCAUAUCCGCCAUCGAGAAGGAAAUUGAGCGUCUUGUGGAAGCUCAUGACCUCGAUCGUGAACUACUCCGCAACCCAUACACUGACCUGGCAGCAGCCGAUAUUCGCCGUAAAUGGGGUGAAGUGCAGCAGGCAGUACCUAGAAGAGAUGGGCAACUACAGAGCGAGUUGCGUAGGCAGCAAAACAACGAGCGCCUCCGUACUGUAUUCGCCGACAAGGCAAAUCAGGUUGGACCAUGGCUCGAGAGGGAGCUGGAGCGGGUAAGAAUUUCCUCGCAGAUUCACCUUUUUUGCUAA